AUGGCUAGCGAAGGACAAGCUUUGAACGUGCCAGUUCUCCUUGCUGGCUACAGAUUUAGCCCUAACAAUGAUGAUCUUAUUGUUUAUUAUUUGAAGAGAAAAAUUCUGGGCCAACAACUUCCUGCUGAUGUUAUUACCACCACUGAUGUAUAUGCAUCAAGCCCUGAUAAACUCCCAUUGGAUGAUUUUAAGGGCGGGGUUGCCAACGAGUGGUUUUUCUUUUCAACUAGAAGCAAGGAUGAUAACAUUAUUGCACUAGAUGGUGGCUACUACGCAAUCGAUCCCGAAGGUGCUGGCCCGAUCACAUGGGAGGGAAAAGUUGUUGGUUAUGUAAAGACCCUGAAUUUCUAUCAAGGAAGCUCACCUAAUGGAACUGAAACUGAAUGGAUGGUAGAGGAGUUCAGAGUCAAUCCCGAGUUUGUUCCAAUCAACAACAACCGUAGCACUCAAGAAAAGAUAGAAAACCUUGUUGCAUGCAAAAUUUCUCGAGUGCAACCUGAACCUGAAUGGGAUACAACAACCAAACCAAAGGAAAGCAAGCAAGAAGAAGAUUUGGGCGAUGGUUAUCUGAAGUCUAGCGGAGACAACUCAAGAUAUAUAAUGCAUGAUCUCGCUCAUUUUGUUAGUGAAUUAACGUUAGAAUGGUCUCAUAAUUUUGACGAUUCACGAAGUGAAAGGGAUGAGCUGCAAGUCAUCGAUUCAUUACGACCUCAUCAAAGUCUCGAAAAGCUCUCUGUUACAACAUAUGGUGGCACGGUAUUUCCUCCAUGGAUAGGAGAUCCUUCUUUCACUAAAAUGGUAGAGCUAAAGCUUUAUGAUUGUCUUAAAGUUACCAUCACUGGGAUACUUCCAAUACUCCGACAGUACUUGAGCAUAAAUGCCUUGGAUGAGGUGAAAGAAGUGUCUGCUGAGACUAAUUAA